CCCCAUCUUGCGCGCAGUCUUGGCAAAAUUAUCUAAAGCAUCAGUGGCUGGCACCAGAUCGCAUCUCAUUUUUUAUCGUCUUUCCGUUAAAAGACGUCCCUUCACAGUAUCCACACAAACUCUUGCUUCGCUCGUUCGAGACUCGUCAGCGAGAACGGUGUAUUCCUGUAGCUUCAUUGACUGAAGGCUGUUUUUGAAAGCGUGAACUACCGCUGAGCUUUUGUCAAGAGGACAGCCCUGAGCUCAAAUACGAAACGGGGCCGAACCACAAACCCCCAAAUCCUCUGGACACGAAACCAUUUAUCUUCCGUUUCUACACCAUGUCUACCAGAGGCCCUAGUAUAGCACCCCGGACUACGUUGGCGCUCUCCCCGGCAGGAACCGGGACCGCCUCUUCUCCCGAGUCGGCGUCCUCGCCAGGGGCUGUCACUUCGAUCGUCACGUCCCGUGAGUGGGUCUUGCCGCCGAGGCCCAAGCCAGGCCGCAAGCCCAGUGUGGACACACCUGCUUCUAAGCGCAAAGCGCAGAACCGGGCAGCGCAGCGGGCGUUCCGGGAACGGCGGGCCACCAGGGUCCAGGAGUUGGAGCAGCAGUUGCUUGAGGUGGAGCGGGAGAAGGAGCUCAAGGAAAUGGGGCUCGUCAGCACCAUCAACAAGUUGAAGUUCGAAAACCUGAUUCUCAGCAAGUCUGUUGAACAGCUCCGGUUGGAUUUUAACACGUUCCGUAGCUCCAUGGGUGCACCUCUGGCGCCGGCCUCGGCCGCGUCUCCAGCAUCUUAUCCGUUUCUGGAAAAGCCUCUGCAGAACCCAACGGCUCCUUAUGGCUCGGCCACGCGCUUGUCUGUCGACGAAAACAGCAACGCAUACAAGGCCGAUCUCAGCCAGAGCGCACAGCACUUGCUCAACUUUGCCAAGUCGCUGCCGGUAAACCACACAACAGCUUCGCCGGCCCUGCUGCUGUAUUCCGUGCAGCAGAUUCUGCCAGCCCCUUCGGUGGACUCUACUGGAGUCACAGUGGCGCGAGCCCAAACUCAGCCUGUACCGCCAGCAGGCCCGAUAACCAUCAAAGCAGAGUCUCUGCACAUGCAUGCCUCGAACGAAACCAAUGACUUUGACUGUGGGGUGUGUAUUAAAGAACAGUGUCUUUGUGAAGACAUCGGCUUGAAGAGCCCCAAGUCUCUCGAGGAGACGUUCAACACGUUUGCACCCAUGCCGGCAGUGUCCUUGCGUGGGAAGAGAACGAAGAGUACGGAGGAGGUAGACUUUACGGCGGAGUUUUCUUCGAAGAAGAUGCCUGACCUAAAACGCUUGCGCAGAAGCGCCCCUGAAGAGAAACAGGCGCACGCCGAAGAGUUCGAUGAAAGCUCCCCAGUGGAAAACUGCGGUUUCUGCUCUGACGACACGCCGUGCGUUUGCAGAGAGGCGGCCAAGGAGGCCGCGAGAAUCAAGGAGUUGAGUCUGCAACAAGAGCAAAUCAUGGAGGACGAGAAAAACAUUUCUGCGGAAGAGGCUGGUCCCACGCUGCUCCCUCCAAUCCAAGUCAAGCAUCCCUCCAUGAUGCGCAAGGCCUCGCUACCGGUCAUGCACCCAGGACCCACUUUCGAAUUGAGGGAGAUUUCGAAUAUGAAUCAAAGCCCAAUGCCUACAGUGGUCUCCCAAGAAGCACCUCUGACCCUGAAGGCCCUGCAGCCUGCCAACCAAGACAAUGGCGACAAAUCAGGAUGCACGGGGAACCCUGGGACUUGCUCGCAAUGCCAAACAGACCCGAUGUCCACGUUGUUCUGCUCCACAGUUGCAAGCAAGGCUGCUCAACAGACGGGGCCACCUGCUCAAGCUGUUCCUACAGGCCGUGGGUCCGAUUACUUCAAUAGUCCGCACAGCUCCAUGAGUGACUGCCGUACAACAAGUGUGCCUGGGUCCACUAACCCUUCUACUCCAAAUCCAUCUACGCCCAGUGGAUUAUCCAACGGUAUCUUCAUACCAUGUGCAGACGCUUAUAGAACUCUCUCCCGCCACAAACGUUUCAAUACGAUCGAUUUCCUGUCUCUUGUGGGAAGGCUUACUACGCGAGGAAUGCAGGUGGAGGUGCAAUCUGUUGCUAACAUGAUUCGGGAGCUCGACAAAAAAGUCUACGACUGAGAGAAUAUACUGUCUAUUAAUACUAGCUGAAAAUAUCAUUUCGAAGUGGAGGAAGCUUUCAAUAUCCGACACGCGGUCCGGUGCAUUCAUAGAUUUGUCCUCUUCCAUCGCACG